AUGAUGCUGCAGAAUCAGUCGGAGCUGGUGUUCGUGCUGCAGGGUCUGAAUGACUCUGCAUCAAACCGCCAGCUGUUCUUCGCCUUCGCUCUGACGUCCUACCUCCUCACCAUCUUCGUCAACGUGACGCUCAUCGUCACCGUGAGUCUGGAGAAAACGCUGCACGAGCCAAUCUACAUCUUCCUGUGCAACCUGUGUUUCAACAGCCUCUGCGGCGCCUCCAGUUUCUACCCGAAGCUCCUGCACGACCUGCUGGCGGCCUCCCACAUCAUCACGUACGGCGGCUGCCUGGCGCAGCUGUGCGGGAUUUACUGCUACGUGUUCUGCGAGUUCACCAGUCUGACCGUCAUGGCGUAUGACCGCUACCUGGCCAUCUGCCGUCCGCUGCAGUAUCGCACGCUGAUGACGGUGCAGCGCGUGGCGCAGCUGCUGCUGCUCACCUGGAGCUUCUCGCUGCUGGAGACGGCGGUCGGCGUGGCGCUGACCGCGAGCCUGCCGCUCUGCCGCCGCCACAUCAACAAGAUCUUCUGCACCAACUGGGAGGUGGUGAAGCUGUCGUGCUCCGACACCACCCUCAACAACAUCUACGGCUUCGUGCUCAUGUUCUCGCACUUGGCGCAGAUCGCGCUCAUCUUGGUGUCCUACACGUACCUGGUCCGCGCCUCGCUGCGGCUGCGCUCAAACCGCAGGAAGUUCGUCCAGACAUGCCUGCCGCACCUCGCCACACUGCUCGUCUUCACCGGCACGCUGGUCUUCGACACCAUGUACUCCCGCUAUGGCGGCGGCAACGCGCUGCAGGCGCUGCAGAACCUGCUGGCCGCAGAGUUCCUGGUGGUCCCGCCCCUCAUCAACCCCAUCAUCUACGGCAUCAACCUGCACCAGGUCCGCUCUCAGAUCCUCCACAACUUCAGCACCAGACCAGAGCUGCAGAAACCACAUCCGUGA